CUUCUCCGGCUGAUCUCUGUUCUCUCCCCACCCCCAAUUUUAGGAGAGGCCGACAGCAGAGACCUCAAACUGGCACCGAACAGCCUGCUCAGUCUGCCCCCCGCUUCAGUCACCACUCACGUGGUGUUCAGGAGGAAAGCGCCCGCCAGGAGGGGGCCUGCCCCCAAGGUCAGCCCCACCCAGGUGCUUCCUGAGUCAGACUUCAAGCUCCCUUGCAGGAGAGGAUUCCUGUCACCCAGCCCCCCCAGCCAGGGGGCCACACGGAGGCCGGCCAGGAGGUUCCCCCAAGCAGGCCCGGCACCGGAGCUCCCUUCUGAGCAGACCGGGAACAGGUGGCCAUGCCUCCCCGCUGCGAUGCCGCCCCCUCUUGGCCCGCAGCCCAAGGUUUUUGCCAGCUCCAGGGGAGACUUCCAGCUGGCCCGGCAGGCCUUCUUGCCCAGGGGCAUCGUCUGGAUGUCGGUGCCGCUGGACUCCGAACCGGGAGCUCAGCCGGCGCCCCGCCUGCCUCCCAACAUCUGCAUCUUGACCUUGGCCAUGAUGAUCGCCGGCAUCCCCACAGUGCCGGUGCCGGGAGUUCGCGAGGAGGACAUGAUCUCGGCGGCCCAAAACUUUGUGGCAGAGAGCCUGCCGUCCGGCAGCGUGGACCAGGAGGGAGCCCCGCAGGGGGGGUGGGCUUCAGUGCCCCACCUGGGCCUCGCCUGCAAGAGAGACCGGCAGCGGAAGAGGGCGGCUAGCAGAAGCCUCUUCCCUCUUUUUCUAACCCAGCUGGAGAAGUAA